AUGGAGGAUAGCCCGCUUUCCAUCGCCGCCAACAUCGCCGGCAUUCUCACCUUCGCCGCUGCCAUCCUCGCAGCCGCCUACAUUCGCUACACAACGCUGAGCAAUGGCCUUUUGGAAAUGGCGACGGUUCGUUCUUCCGUUGAGGCCAAUCUCCAAGACCUUAGGAUGAUAGGUUUGAGAAGCCGGCUCGUAAUCAAGGAAAGCGAUGAUGGCGACACCGCCUGGCUGAAGAAACUGAUCGUUUCUAUCUACUCUGUCGAAAUCGUCACCAGCGUUUACGUCAAGCGCGCAGCCGGUCUGGACACCUCGAGCAUGUUAUCCCGACUGCCAGAUUGCCCAAUUGUUGGGGUUACGCCCACGACGUGGAAUGAUGCGCUUAGAGAAGCUAAGGAGGUGAGCAUGGAAAUUGGUUCUAUCCACGAUGAAAUUGAGGCGAAAUCCAUAUCAAAACGCUCAAACUAUCUGGCAUCUGCGCUCCAGGCUACACUGAGGUUGGGUUCAACUCCGCAGCUCGUGCGCUGGUAUCGGGUGCGGGACCGAGUCUUUGAGAAGAUACGCCAGAGGGAACACCUGCGGUCGCGACUUCUGUCCCAUCAGAUCACCAUGGCGAACUCUGCUGCUAGCAGGAAUAAUAAUACACUUCAACAGCUUCUGAAGCAGCAAGCAGAGUUCAAUGUUCAGUUAGAAGAGCUCACUCGAUUAGUCACGGCAACAAAUCAAGACUCAUCCCAACCAAAGAGCGUUGACGAAAGUAAUAGCCCAACAGAGACGCAAAAACAGGUGUUGCCUGGCCAACAAGAAGAAGUUGAGCGGCAUACAGGCGCCGAGGCCUGGGAACUUGAGACAACCAAUUGUUGCGAAUAG